GUAUGAGGCUGCUGCAGAUGAAGCGAUGUCAAUGUUCCUGUCUGGUCCGCCUGGUGGCCAGACCCUUCCGCAGACUGCAACACGGUUGUCUGAUUUAGAUGGGGGUGUGUUCGGGCCGGGCGCCAGUGUUGCAUCUACCGGCUUGAACGUUAUUAGGCCUGCUGUCAAGGCUGGCCUAGCACAGACUGCUGGCGAGACGUGGGAUGACGUUCUCGAGUACUACAUCUUCAACGCUGACAGAGGAGAAACAGACUUUGCGUACAAGUUGGGGAAGAUCUAUUACCAGGGUAGCAUCUACUCUUCUGCGGGUGGUAUUGGUUCUGGCUCGGAAGGGGUUGGACGUGUCCCCCAGGACUUCCAUCAAGCUCAGUUUUACUUCCUCCAGAUCGCACGGCAGAUUUGGCCUCGUGACCCUACGAACCCCUUACAGCAUAGUGCACCUGGUUACAAGGUUGAAAACGUCAAGCAUCCUGGAUACGCACCAAAGAGCGCGGCAUAUCUCGGGCGGAUGUAUCUCCGGGGCGAGGGUGUGAAGCAGGACUACCUGAUGGCCAUGAUGUGGUUUGAACGAGGGGCCGAGUUUGAGGACAGAGAAUGCCAUAAUCUAUUGGGUGUCAUGUGGAGAGAUGGUCUAGUGUCCGGACGCCAGGAUAUGAAGACAGCUCUUGUACACUUCACUAGGGCCGCAGGUCAGGAACUCGCAGAAGCUCAUGUCAAUCUUGGAAAGUACAACUAUCAUCGCGGCGAAUUCAAGCUUGCUAUCACGUACUUUGAAGCUGCAGUGCGCUUUGGCUCGACGUUUGAGGCCCACUUUUACCUUGCGAAGAUUCACACCCUAAACAUGCGUGUUGCAAAUGAAGGUUUCGCAGCAGGCUUUUGCGCUUCUGCGGUUUCCUUCUUCAAACUUGUUGCUGAGCGGGGAGUUUGGGAUGAUGAUCUCCUGACAGAUGCCGAAGCUGCCUGGUAUAGCGGCACCGAGCGUGGCAAGGAAAUUGCGAUCCUUAAAUGGUGGGUUGCGGCAGAAAGAGGAUCCGAAAUGGCACAAAAUAAUCUCGCUUAUGUUCUAGACCAAGAUCGGAGCAUGCUUCGUCUCACGCGGUUCGCCCCUAUUGAGGCAUCCAAUGAUACCGCUCUCCUCGCCCUCACUCAGUGGACGCGUUCCGCUGCCCAACGAAAUAUUGAUGCACUAGUCAAAGUCGGUGACUACUAUUACCACGGUCUUGGUGUCCCCGAUGAACCCGAGGCGCUUAGAUGGGAAAAAGCGGCCAAAUAUUAUCAGAGCGCUGCCGAUACGCAGCUCAGUGCGCUGGCGAUGUGGAAUCUAGGCUGGAUGUAUGAGAAUGGUGUUGGCGUACCCCAGGAUUUCCAUCUUGCUAAGAGGCAUUAUGAUAUGGCGGUCGAGACGAAUAGCGAGGCAUACUUGCCUGUGCUACUCUCCCUCGUGAAGUUGUAUGGUCGGAGUCUCUGGUACACUCUUCAGGGUGGCAAGGAUGGUCUUAAUUUGUGGAAAUAUGAUGCAGACAAAAUGUCUGUAGCAGAAAGAGCUCGCUUGAAACAGGAAAUAGAUAGUGGUUCCCAAGACACUUCUCAACAAGAUGGCGGUGCUCAACCUGCCCCUCACAAGGAGGAGAGGGCUGUCGAAGAGUCUGAGGAUGAUGGGAAGUGGUAUAUAGGCAAAGCCAGCGAAGAUUUCCGCAGACGAAGGCAGGGCGAAGCUGCUCGUACGGCAGCUGCUGAGGAGGAGGAUGAUCUAUACCAAUGGGCACAAGAGAGAAGGAACGCGGAACACGAAAGGGACACUGAUUUCGGUCCCGAGGACUAUUUCGAAGCUGCUAUUCGUGGUGGACACCAAAGGCAGGAAGAAGUAGACGAGUUUACGGAGACGUUGUUACUGGUGGCUCUCUGUGGUCUUGUUGCACUCCUUAUCUACGUCCGCACGCGUAUCGUGCGUAGAACUAGAGGGCAGGAACAAGAACCGCAGCAGGACCGUGAGGGUCAGAGAGAUUUAGGGUUGUUCCCGCCACCAGGCGAUCCAGCCCGGCAGGAAUGGAACAUCGCGCAUUAGCGGAUGAUAUCACACGUUCUGUAUUAUGGUUGCAAGUAUAUAGCCGUGACAGCACAUCAAAACGUAAGUUUGGGU